AUCAACGACGCGUCUGUUUCGUGAAUUGAAACUGAGACGAAAAAAAAAAUCCUUUGCAUAAAGAUAAAGAACGAAUCUAGAGAGGUAGAAAAUGAAGAUCUGGUGGAGUCUGAUACUUGUGGUUGGAGUUGCCCUGUCAAUGACAGCAAUUACACGAGGUGAAUCGGAUCUCUGGGAGGAGGAUGACAAGGAGGUACUCGUACGUACUGUUCGGGGCACUAAAGAGCGAUCAUCCGGGGGCAGCAACGCCGCACUCUGCAGAUACGUCAAGGGUCAAUGGUCCGAGUGUGAUCCAAAGACUAAUAUGAGAAUGCGAACGCUUAAUUUGAAAAAGGGUGACAACAAAACUUGCGAGCAAACCAAAACUAUUCAGAAGAAGUGCAAAAAAGCAUGCAAAUAUGAAAAAGGCUCAUUCAGCAGUUGUGUGAACCAGUCGAUGACACGAGUGGACAAUCUGAAGCCAAAUAGCGAUUCAUCAUGUGAGCCAACGCGUCGCAUCACAAAAAGAUGUAAACAGGAGACCAACACAAAAAAAUCCGCGAAAGCUGAGCGAGGAAACAAGAAGAGUGCAAAGCAGUAAAGAGGAAGUUAACAACUGAAUAAGCACCUCUCUGGCAAUUGAACGUUCACCGCAGACGGAUCCUUGUCUUCUUGGUGCAAAAAAAAAUGAAUACUAAUUUAAUAAUAAAAGAAACAAUCAGUUAAUUUUCCGAUAAUUAAAUAAAAACUAUCAAGCGUCCGUGUGAUUGUACAAUAAAUUCGUAUGUUAUCGUUUUAGCUGAAGCAUUAAAAAGGAAAAUGAAUAAAAACUUUUGUGAAAUGAGUCAGAAAUUUUCUUAGAGGCUUGAUAAAGUCUAAUUGAAAACAACAAUAUUAAAGACAUUGCUUCCAUAUUUUUCUCCUUGGCUAAUAAAUUUUUUGCAAUUGUUGGUGGUUUACAAAAUGUUGACAGUUCACGCCAAACAGCUGAAUAAAAUAGUGAAGAAUAAAUCUGUCUAAAUCUGUGUAAAUCUCUUGAAACUAAACAAAAAAAAAUACAAAGGAAUAAACAUUAUCUACUCGUAAUCGUUCGUUGUUUGAAAAAUCAGUAGAGAAAGCACUAGGACCAACCAGGCGAAUUACAACGAUUCCAACCGUGACGAGUCCAUCUUAUCUAAUAAUAAAUGAAUAACCGUAAUGAAUAAUUAAUGUUUACAAGACUCGUCGAUUGUUAAUUUACACUUGACUAUGAAUUUUCACUGUUUAUAAAUUCCGUGAAGCAUUCAGAGCAAUCAUGGGAGCACAUCUCCUACGAUGCAUCAGCAAUGAGCACAAAAAUCAAACAAGAAAAAUAAAAAAUGAAAAUAAUAAUCAAUAUUUCAUCAAAAACUAAAGUUGGAUUUAUCCAAUUCUUUAUUAUAAAAUAGUUGAACUUUAAAAUCAAAUAUUUACCUUUCCCCAUUGACUCAUAAACGAAAUGAAGAAUAGUACGUCAAGAUUCGCUCGAUAUGAGCACAUAAAAAUACAAAGAAUCAAAUAAUAACAUUCUUCAAAAUUUACGAGAACAAAAUGUCAACAAAAUCAAAAUAAAAACGUACUCCGGGCUAUCUAGACUGCUCGACAUCAUAUCCACCAUAUCAUCGUAAUAUUAAAUAAAGAUAAAUUAAAAAUACCUAAGGUUAUCAGUUUAGAAAUGAGAUAAAAUAAGAUAGAAUUUAUCUAUUCUGUGGAGCCCUUAUCCUCCUUUUCAAUCAUCCUUUUAAACUUCCCAAAGAGUAGAGAUCACCACCUCUUAUAGACCCCAACAACCCAUAACAAACGUAAACAACCAAAAUCUAAAAAAAUAUAUAUAACUAUUAACACUAAUGUAAACUCUCGAUGUUUAAACUUGCAUUGUAACAUAGCGAAAAUAGAAACAAAAAAUUACACUUAUGCUAUAUGGUUAGCUGAUCUUUUUAAUACUCUUCAUUCUCGAAUAAUUAGCCGAAACAGGGAGAUAUAGAGAACCGUAGGAACUUCCUCGAAACUUUUUGACUAAUCCAAUUAUUGGGAUAAAAAUAAAUUGUCGAAAAAUUUUUAGAAAUGUUAGGUACGUUCAAUUAUCCCCUGUCAUUUGAAUUCUCACCUGUAAACUUUUAUAAUCAACUGAAAAGUGAUGAAAAAGGGAAAAAUUGAUGUGAUGGCCGAAAAGUGGAAUUUUUUUCAUCUACUAGUAAGUAAUCCUGAUGGACAUAAAAAUCCAAAUUUUCGGUCUGAAAUUCUCGUACAAUGGUGGUGCUCAGCAUAAAUCAAAGAAAAUUGACAUAAUUAAAUUGGUCAAAAGGGUGAUAAAUAAAUGACGAUGUUAAAUGCACAAUUGUUAACCGGAAUUAUCGCCAAUCGAGGGAUUGCUGUACCGAAUGAUAAAAUGCACACAACUAUGAGAAUUGGAAUAACUGAAUAUGCGUUUAUUUGGGAGAUUUUUCUCCGGAUAUUUACAAGUAGAAAAAGGAAGUAAAAUAUUUUUUUUCAGAAAAUAUUGUUUUCACAAUAAAGCAUUGAAGUAAUGUUUCAAGAAAUUCAUCAUACAUUAAUAUCAUAAUGAAUUAACAACAGACGUAAGAAACGUGUAAUCAAGAGAAAUACACAUGUAACAAAAUAAACAGAAAUGCAAUGUUGUCAAUAAAAUUAAAAUUACUAUAAA